AGGCGGUGCCGUCGCCAGGCAGUAGGAUCUGUAUGACAGUGCAAGGGUACAGCUCUACGUUGAGGGGCAGAUAGAGAGAAAAGAAAUUCUCGCGAUCCCGCCAUACUUCUCUACCACUAUUCCACCAUAACCACCAUCACAUUAAUACCGAGCAAUACCGUUUGCUACACGGUGCAGGGAAUUCGCCGGGAUUGCUACGAUCAAGGAUUCUCCACUCGCCACCGGACUUCAUCGGGCUGCAACGUUACUGGGAAAGCAUUUAUUUUUUCCACAAUGAACAAGCUAUAUAUUGGAAAUUUGAAUGAAAAUGUGACCGCAGAUGACUUGAUUAAAACCUUUGAAGACUACAAGAUUCCUUACUCUGGGCAGUUUCUAGUAAAAACGGGAUACGCGUUUGUUGAUUGCCCGGACGACCAAUGGGCUAUGAAAGCAAUUGAAACAUUUUCGGGUAAAGUGGAACUUCACGGCAAACGAAUUGAAGUAGAGCAUUCUGUCCCUAAGAAACAAAGGACCAGGAAACUCCAGAUUAGAAACAUUCCACCACAUUUACAAUGGGAGGUGCUUGAUGGUCUGCUUGCACAGUAUGGAACCGUUGAGAACUGUGAACAAGUUAACACAGAAAGCGAGACAGCUGUGGUGAAUGUCACUUACGGGACUCGGGAGCAGGCCAGACAAGCUAUCCAAAAGCUGAAUGGCUACCAGUUUGAGAACAACACUUUGCGCGUGUCCUACAUACCCGAUGAAAGCUUGGACGCAGACUCCCAACGCAGUCCUGACAACGGUCGCCGCUCUGGAUACGGUGCCCGUGUCAACUCCAGACAAGGCCCCCCUGGCACGGGGAUGCCCUCCAAGCAUCAGCACACUGAUAUACCUCUCCGUCUGCUUGUGCCAACCCAGUAUGUGGGCGCCAUCAUCGGCAAAGAAGGUGCCACAAUCCGCAACAUCACCAAGCAGACUCAGAGCAAGAUUGAUGUCCAUCGUAAAGAGAAUGCUGGCGCUGCAGAAAAGCCCAUCAGCAUCCACUCGACUCCCGAGGGCUGCUCGGCGGCCUGUCGUAUGAUCCUUGAUAUCAUGCACCAGGAAGCCAAAGACACCAAAACUGCUGAUGAGGUGCCUCUGAAGAUCCUUGCCCACAACAACUUUGUAGGGCGUCUGAUCGGCAAAGAGGGCCGCAAUUUGAAGAAAGUAGAACAAGACACUGACACCAAGAUUACCAUUUCACCACUGCAGGAUCUGACCCUGUAUAACCCUGAGAGAACCAUCACGGUGAAAGGUGCCAUUGAGGCCUGCUGCCUGGCCGAGCAGGAAAUCAUGAAGAAAGUGAGAGAGGCCUAUGAUAACGACAUUGCUGCCAUGAACCAACAGACACACCUCAUCCCCGGACUGAACCUUGGAGCACUUGGCCUUUUCCCUCCAUCCUCCUCCAUGCCUCCUCCUCCCCCUGGAAACCCUGGGGUUUGUCCCCCAUAUGGAUCCUUUGGGGCUCCUGAGCAGGAAACGGUGCAUGUAUACAUCCCAGCCCAAGCAGUGGGAGCCAUCAUCGGCAAGAAGGGCCAGCACAUUAAGCAACUGAGCCGCUUUGCUGGAGCCUCCAUUAAGAUUGCACCAGCAGAGACACCUGAUUCAAAAAUGCGCAUGGUCAUUGUUACUGGUCCACCUGAGGCCCAGUUUAAGGCUCAGGGAAGAAUAUACGGUAAGCUGAAGGAGGAGAACUUCUUUGGACCGAAGGAAGAAGUGAAGCUGGAAACGCACAUCAAAGUAGCAGCGGCUGCUGCUGGAAGAGUUAUUGGGAAGGGUGGAAAGACGGUGAACGAGCUUCAGAACCUAACUGCAGCUGAGGUGGUUGUUCCUAGAGAGCAGACUCCUGAUGAGCAGGACCAGGUUAUUGUCAAAAUCAUCGGCCACUUUUAUGCAAGUCAGCUGGCCCAGAGGAAGAUCAGAGACAUUUUGACACAAGUGAAGCAGCAACAGAAAGGAGGUGGCAUGGGAGGCCCUCCAGCAUCUCACCCACAGAACCAGUCAGAGCUUGGGCCCCACCAGGGAAUGACCCAAGAGCCUAGGAGGAAGUAACAGGCUCCGGGCCUAAACUGGACGGACAGAUGGAGGAGAAACAGCGGACUGACUGAGAGAGAGCGACACAUAGACCCAGCGGUAGACAGGGAGAAAUUAGCAUUUAACAAAGAGGGGAAUAAAAAGGAAAUAAAAAUGCCUGAGAGAGUACAAAAGUUUAGAGAAAAGAAACUAGAACUUUGAGUGAUUUAAAAAUAGGUAAAAAAGAAAAAAAGAAGAAAAAAAAAAGAAAAGGGAGAGAGAACUAGGAAACAGAGACCAGAUGCCAGGUCGACUGACUGGGGAUGGCUGGGAUUCCUUGUGGCAGCUUAUGAAAUAAUCAUGGCUAUGUGGUCUUGAGAGUCCUGAGAGAAGCUCUUGUAUUACGCUUGGGGCACCCCUGCCAUCACCAGUCACUCAAGUAUUUUAAGGGUGUUUUUUUAAGAAGAGCUAUAUGUAUAGAAAUGUUUAUUCAGAGGUAUUAUAAUGAAAUGCAGUGAGGCAGAGGCGGGGAGAGGGGAGUGGAGAACCCAUCACAUCGAGUCAUCAAGGUGGCUCAUCCCUUGCCUACAAGAAAUUACGGGAGGGGCCAUAGCUGUUAACACUGCUCUUUAAGUCCCUGGCAGUAAACUGUUGGGGGUAGGGACAAAUAAAGAAGAAGAAAAAUGAGGUUGUAAAUAUAAUCUUCAUGAAUUUGUAUUGAAGCACUGUUGAAGCACAGUGAGGGUACAGUCAGUGGGCGGGCCGAGGCUGACCCUGCAGUUCUAUUGCAGAGGCUCAGCUCCAAAAUGUAAACUUCACCUCCAGCCCUGAACUACGCCCGCAAUGCUUGCCGGUGCGUGGCCCACGCCCAAAUGGCAUAUUUUAUAUAUAUUAUAUAUAUAUGAUAUGUGAGUUAACCUGGCCCCUCAGAGAGCAGAGAAAACGGCAGUGGAAAGGGAAUGCGGCACUGGGAUCAGACCAUCUUUCAUAGAUAUUUUGAGAUAUUUAAAAUUAGCUUUCAGUAUCUGGGUUUUGCUGAUGGAUGUUUUUAACCAAGAUUUAACUGAAAGCCACUGGGAGAGAGAGCACUGUGCUGCUAGGUUCUGAUUGGGGAAAAAA